AUGCAUCAUCAAAAUUUGGAAAACAUUGACUCAGCUAAUAACUCAAUGCAGAACAUUUCAAUGAGCUUGGCUGUUUCGAAUGACUCCGAUUCAGGCAACAGUGACCUGUUGUAUGAUGUGCCACCGAGCAUUAUUGCAUUGUUGUCAUUCUUCUAUGGAGCCAUUUCUCUGGUUGCCAUCAUUGGAAAUUUUUGUGUUCUUAUCAUCGUUGCCACCAGCAGGAGGAUGAGGACUGUCACCAACUGCUUCAUCGCGAACUUGGCAGUAGCUGACAUCAUCAUCGCCAUGUUUGCUGUGCCAUUUCAGUUCCAAGCUGCACUGCUGCAACGAUGGCUUUUACCUCCUUUUAUGUGUGCCUUUUGCCCAUUCGUCCAAGCACUCUCAGUGAAUGUCAGCAUCAUAACUUUGACUGCGAUAGCACUUGACAGAUAUCGUGCUGUUGUAUACCCACUAAAGGCAAAAACCAGUAAACUAAGCGCCAAAGUGGCAAUCAUGGCCAUAUGGGUAUUCAGCGCUUUAGCGGGUGUACCCUAUGCGAUUGCUCUGAGAGUGACUAUGGUGCCAGAUGCUCAAAUGGGCAACGACACAACUAAGCCAUUCUGUAUGAACGUCCACAUAUCUCCUGUCAUAUGGAAAGUCUACAAUCAUGUUCUGGUGACACUGCAGUACUUUGUACCUCUGUGUCUCAUUUCGGCUGUGUACAUAACUAUCGCCAUCAAACUGAAAUACAGUGGGACACCAGGAAAUACUCAAUGUGAGAGAGAUGCUAAUAUUAUGAAGAACAAGAAAAAGGUUAUCAAGAUGUUGAUACUCGUGGUUCUUCUUUUUGCUCUUUGCUGGUUGCCGUUUCAACUCUACAAUAUUCUGCAAGAAAUUUUACCAGAGAUAAACAAAUACAAGUACAUCAACGUCAUAUGGUUCUGCUGCCAUUGGCUAGCUAUGAGCAAUUCUUGCUACAAUCCUUUCAUAUACGCCAUUUACAAUGAGCGUUUCAACACAGAAUUCAAAAAUAAAUUCAAGUGUUGCAUGAGUUUGUUCCGCCGCCGUUCUUCUGGAGAAAAAGCAACCGAUUCCUCCCUAUCUUCACGAUACGGCUGACAGAUGGCUAUGUCCAACACAAGGACAACUACUCUGAGGAAAGAUGAGGACGCUAGGAGGAUGACAACUUUUUGCCGUCACAAACAUAACUAUGAAGACAGCAUGGAGAUUGAGGAAAGCGUCUGAAUACUUUUGUUCUUUAAAUAAGCAUGCUAAAUGUAAAUCGAUGUUUCUCUUGAACGUACA